AACACAUACCACACACCUUUCCUGUCAACUUACACCGGCCGUGAUUGUUGAUAUAAAGAUAACUAAAACAAAGAAAAGUCAAGAGUUUAGUGAUUUCAGUUAUGAUAACCUACAAGUUACCUUUAAUAUAUAAAUAGUAACAUUGCUAGAUAUAUAGACAUAUGUUUUGUUUAUUAUGUAAAAGAUCGGAAGAAAAUUUUGUGAUAACGUAGAUACUUCUUCGACGGUAAAAAUGCUUGGCAAAGAGAGAGAAUAAUAUUUAUAGUGAAAAUUGUAAGAUGAAUGAAACUUUGGGUCGGGGCUACGCUAGAAUCGAAGCUAUACGUGCUGCGCGGGGUGAGGCGCUAGCGAUGCCGGAGCCCGGGGCGCCGCCACCGGACAGAUACAACUCUGUAUACUUCACACUGUUCGUAGCCGGCGCGGCUUUUCUGUUGCCAUUUAAUAGUUUUAUUAUGGCCGUGGACUACUUCCAACAUCACUACCCUAAGUCUACCAUCAUGUUCGACAUGUCCACUGUCUACAUCGUGUCCGCGUGCGUCGCCGUCAUUACCAACAACCUCUUGCUGGAUCUCUUCACUUAUAACACUCGGAUCACUUUCGGUAUCCUGCUAUCUCUGGCAACUAUGCUGUUCGUGGCUGUUUGUAAUAUCGGCUGGGACGGUUUCUCUACGAGUGUGUCAUAUACCAUCAACCUGGUUGCUAUUGGAGUCGUGGCUUUCGGAUGUACGAUACAACAAGCUUCAUAUUACGGCUUUACAGGAUGUCUCCCUCCGAGGUACACUCAGGCUGUCAUGGCGGGCGAAAGCGCAGCUGGUUUUUGGGUUUCACUAGACAGGAUCGUCACGAAGUACAGCUUCAGUCAGCCGAAGCGCAGUACGUUUAUGUUCUUCGUGUUUUCUAUACUGAUACUCCUCGGACACUCCAUGCUGCAUCAUGUCAUGAUGCGUCACCCACUGGUACAACAUUACCUCAGACUGACUAAUGAAUCUCGACACCGACGUCGAAUCCAACUACAUUUGAAUCCGACAGAGGACGCUACUUUGAUGGAGAGUGAAGUUGGCGAACCAAGCUACGGAGUGUUAAAGCUUCAGAGUCCAGCACCUUCCUCGGGAGUUGGCGAAGUAGAGAACACUUUCAGUUUCGCAAACCCAGUGUAUUCGCCAACUGCAGCUCCACCAAUUCCGUUGGCCUCACCACCGGCGAGUGUGUCUGAGAUGUCAGCAUCACCAUCCACCCUGAGAACCCCUAGACCUUCAUACAAAGUGGAAGACGUCGUAUUUGAAUCACCAGAACGACCCACCUCGUGGAGAAGUUUCAAACGAGGCGUAUUGGCUCGUUGGGCUGUAGCUCGCGCUAUCUAUCCGUACAUGGUCUCUAUCGGGCUUGUGUACUUCACGACGCUAAGUUUAUACCCCGGCAUUGCCUCAGAGGUGCCGUCAUGUCGUCUCGGAUCGUGGAUGCCCAUCGUACUUAUGUCUGCCUUCAACCUUUUCGAUUUUAUUGGAAAAAUAGCUGCUGCUUGGCCGUACGAGUGGAGUCGCAGCCAGCUAUUGAUGGCCAGCGGUCUACGUCUUUUACUUGUGCCGCUGCUUCUUCUCUGCGCUGCACCGAGGUAUUCGCCGCAUAUCGUGGGAGAUAUUUAUCCGAUAAUGUUCUCGGUUGUAUUGGGAUUCACAAACGGUUUAUUCGGAUCCGUUCCAAUGAUAAUGGCGCCAUCGAGAGUCGGCAGAGAACAUCGGGAGAUCGCUGGUAACAUGAUGACGUUAUCUUACAACGGCGGUCUACUAUCGGGUUCUUUGGUGUCGUAUCUGUUGCUUGGUAUGUUAGGUCCCCCAGCUGAGACCUGUAAGGUGUACCCCACCCCCGUCCUCCCCACCAUCCCCCCCGUACCAAUCAACUCUAUGAAUGCCACUUACGUUCUACCGUUACAUUAAAUCUUUUUACGUCAGACACAAAAAACUAGAAUCUCUGUGAUUGAGUAAAAUUAAGUUUAUUUUUGGGUAGAAAAAUCAUUAAAUGUUUGUAGCAAUUUGCAGGUUAUCUUACUGUAAAAUCUAAUUAUAAAUAUAAGUGUACCGUUUAGCUAAACAGCGCAGUUACUAUAAAACACGUACCUAAUUCUUUACGUCACGAACUUUUUAACCAACUUACCAUACUUAGUUAUGUACUUUGUAAAUAACUUUUCUAUUGGUCCUAUAUGGUAUAUAGAGAGUUUGUAUGAUAAAAAACUCAUUACUCCUUAGAAAAAAUUAUAAACUAGACACUUAAAUAACACUUGCAGCGAAAUAUUUUCAAUUUAUAUACAUAUAUCACGCCUUUUGUAUACCAAUUUCUAUUUUCUAUUAAUAAUGUUUCUUAUUAUCUCUUAAGAUUAUAUACUGUACAUAUAUAUAUAAAUAUAUAUACAUAUAUUAUAUAUGUAUAUAUAAACUAUAUGUAUAUAAAUAUAAUUAUUAUUUGUUACCUUUACAUGAUUAAAAAAAUAUUGUUUCCCUAAUUUUUAUUGAACGAAACUUAUUAUAAUUUUUUUAAUAACAAAAUAUGUGUUUAACCUAACAGUUAAUUAACAAAAUUAUGAACAUUCUUUACUUAUUACAGUUUUAAGCUCGAUAACAUUUUUAAUUUUAAUUAAGGCUAAGGUUUUUUAAGAAAUGUAUAUAUGUUGUACAUAGUUAUUUAUAUAUAACAUAACACUAACAUAUCCUUUUUAAUUUUAAACUCCAUACAUAUGUAAAAAAAAAUAUAUAUUUCGCUAUUUAUUUAUUUAUUUAUUUGUAAAGCAUCCUAAUACUUUCAAUUUUGAAAUUAUAUGUAUACACUGCAAUAGAAUAACGUUCGUUAGCAAAGUUUAGAUAGAAAUUAGCUUAAAAAUGUAACAAUAACAA